UCGUUAUCAAACGCAAUCCAGCCGAAUCAUCAUCGGCGUCUCGGCGAUAUAUCGGCGAUGAAAAAAUUCAUUGAUAAAUAACGUUUUUCAUUAGGUAGUUCAUUACACAUUCGUUUCAUCGUUCGUCAUUUGUGUCUGUGUUUUAUUAUGGUUGGAAUACAAACUGAUACAUAUUUUAUAUUUAUAUUUUUUUGUCUGCGCAUCAACGAUUUUCAACAAGAUAGAAGUUUUUGAAGGCAGUAUCUGUUUCAUCUCCGACUCAGGCUCAGAUCACAAAAAGUUGAAACUCAACGAAGACAAAAUCACUGAAGUACACGCUGAUCAUGUCGUCGAAUAAAUCUAGCGUUUCAAAAUGCACAUCCACUGAAGAUUUCUGGUGCAGUACAGUUGAAUUUCACGAAGCCGAGUUUGUUUGGAGAAUAAGUGACUUCAGUUCUCUCGACGACGUGGGUGAAAUCAUAAAAUCCGAAACAUUCUCAUCUCCUACAAACGAUAAAUUUAUAUGGUAUUUGGAUUUUCACUUCAGAGGCAAAAACGAGGAAACAGACACUUUUCGUUUAUUUUUAAACCUGAGUAAAAAAAGCGCAUCUAAAAGAGUAUUCGUAAAAUACACUUUUUCCAUUUUGAAUAAUGCGAAGGGAGAAAACUAUAAAUCGAAAUUUGAGUGUAGUGAAUUUUUCAACGACUACGAUGAUCCAGAUGAUGAUAAUGGGGGUUGGCAUGAUUGUCCUAAGAAAAACGAAACUUUCAGAAGUAAAUUUUUACUGAAUGAUACGUUGACGAUUUCAUUCCAGAUGAUAUUUUUCGAAAUGAGCCCCAAAAAUUUAGCUAGUAUGUUUCACCGUUGUAACACUACUCAUCUCAAACAACUUUCCGAUAAUUUGGCAUCAGUUUUUGAGAAUCCUAGUUUUGCAGACUUCACGAUUAUAGCAAAAGGCAAAACUUAUCAGGUUCACAAAGAUAUUUUAGCAGCACGUAGUACUUAUUUCGCCAAGAUGUUCAAAAGCGGUAUGAAAGAAAAUCAACAAAAUCGUGUAGAAAUUACUGAUGUAAGUGAAGACAUUAUGGGCGAAAUGUUGAAAUUUAUUUAUACCGGAGUAUGUGAAAAUUUAGAUAAAUUAGCCGACGACUUAUUAAUCGCUGCUGACAAGUAUGAUAUAGGUCAUCUGAAGAAGGUUUGCGUAGAGUCAAUUUACAGUAAGUCUUUAUGUGUAGAGAAUGCGCUGAAUACAUUGAUAUUGGCGGACCAGUAUGAUGCGAAUGAACUUAAAUCAAAAGUCAUUGACUUUAUCGUAGCUAAUUCAUCAGAAAUAAUGGAGUCGGCGACAUGGGAUGAAAUUAUGCCAGUGUAUCCUCAUCUCUUGAACAGUGUAUGUAAGGCGAUGCGACGUUUAUCCAAAACUAAGUAAGCCUAAUUCUACUGAGUAAUGCCUGUAAUUAUCUUACCUACCUAGUUUAUAUGUUAUUAUUUUAGUGUUUCUUAUAGGUUAAACUUAAAUAAAAUAACUUUAUGAGAAUUUGUUAACUUGCCUAAAUGUCUGAUAGAUGACCCUCUUGAUAGGAGAGAAAGUU